UAACUUCCUCUCAGAGGUGGUUAAGAUAUGGGAGCUUGAAUUGUAAACAACGUAAAUAAAUAAAACCUAAUCACUUAUAUACCGUUCAUCUUUUUAUGAAGAAUUUAAAUACUGAUAAGAUGUUUAUAAUAUUUAAAAUGCUGAGAAAUAAAUACGAAUCUGAAUGAACUGUCGAUAUAUGACUUAAUUUAAGUUGAAGCUUGUUCGUUUAUUUAUUGUUACUUUUUCGUUUUGCUAUAAUUUUCUUUAAAAGUUGAACUGAUGUUUGUUACCGAAUGUGAACUUAAAAAAUUGAGUGAAGACAGCUUAACUAGGCAGCCAGAAGAAGUAUUUGAUAUCAUCUGUAAAUUAGGAGAAGGGAGUUAUGGAAGUGUAUACAAAGCAUUACACAAGGAAUCUGGUCAGAUUUUGGCCAUUAAACAGGUUCCAGUGGAUACAGACUUACAAGAGAUAAUAAAUGAGAUCUCUAUUAUGCAACAAUGUGACAGUCCAUUUGUUGUGAAGUACUAUGGAAGCUACUUCAAGGGCACGGAUCUCUGGAUUGUAAUGGAGUAUUGUGGUGGUGGUUCUGUGUCUGAUAUUAUGAGACUAAGGAAAAAAACUCUUACUGAAGAAGAAAUUGCAACUAUUCUGAAUGAUGUUUUGAAAGGUCUUGAAUAUCUACAUUACCGCCGAAAAAUUCACAGAGAUAUUAAGGCUGGAAACAUAUUGCUGAAUUAUGAAGGGCAUGCAAAACUAGCUGAUUUUGGAGUUGCUGGACAACUGACUGAUUCAAUGGCUAAAAGAAAUACAGUAAUUGGGACACCAUACUGGAUGGCUCCAGAAGUGAUACAAGAAGUAGGUUAUGACUGUGUAGCUGAUAUUUGGAGUCUUGGAAUUACAGCUUUGGAAAUAGCAGAAGGAAAACCUCCUUAUGCAGAUAUCCAUCCAAUGAGGGCAAUAUUCAUGAUUCCUACUAAACCACCUCCAUCUUUCCGUGAGCUUGAUAAUUGGUCUCCCGAAUUUAUUGAUUUUGUAUCAAGAUGUCUUGUCAAAAACCCUGUAGAAAGAGCAACAGCAACUGAAUUACUUCAACAUGAGUUUAUCAAAAGUGCCAAACCUGUUGCAAUUCUUCAACAAAUGAUAGCUGAGGCAAAAGAAAUCCGAGAAAAUGUGUCCUGCCCAAAUGAAAGAUUACAAAAUUUAAAUUUUGAUGAUGAUGAAGUAGAUUCACAUACACUUCUAAAUGGCUCAAGUACCUUAGUUCCAAACAACAAUGACUCUGGGGAACAGAAUACUUUGAUUCCACAAACAGACUCGAACACAUUAGUUGUAUGUGCUAACAGUGAUAUUGAAUCAGAUCUUGGAACUUUAGUCAUAAAUAGUGAUAGUGAAGAUGAUGAUGCAACAAUGAAAAGACAUGAUGCAAACACUAGUAACAAGAAAGAAAACUACCGUCCCUCAUUUCUGGAUCAUUUUGAUCAAAAAGAAAAAGAGCAACGAAAUGAACUUCGUUUGAACAAUGUCGCAACUCCUGUAUCUCAUUCAGAUACUCCUCAUCCUAAUCAUUUUGUUCAAAAUGAUAGUUAUGUGAAUAAAAACUCUCAAAUUUCAGAAGAUAAAAAUUUUUCAAAUCAAAUACAAAGACAACUCAACCAAAUAAGCAAUAUUGGACCAUCAGCUGCUAUGCAUGAACCACCCAAAUUUCACCGUCCUUUUGCAGAUGGGAAUUUUGACUUUCUAAAAGGGCUUAGUUACGCUGAACUUAAUCAACGAAUGUUAAGUUUAGAUUCUGAAAUGGAAAGAGACAUAGAAGAACUAAGGCGUCGGUAUCAAGCCAAACGACAGCCUAUCUUGGAUGCAAUGGGUGCCAAGAAAAAAAGACAGCAAAAUUUUUAAGUCUUCUUUAUGGACAUAUAAAAAUUAAGAGAAUAACUUGUGCCUUUCUUGUCUCUAAGGGAAGACUGUAUGAUUAAAUAUUCAGUCUUGCUUUGUGAUGGAACUUGUGAUAUGAAAUUAAUCAUUUAUCUGUCAACAAGUGUUACAUCUAAAAAAAAUCUUAUAAAUAUUUUAUAUUACAUGUUCCUGUUAGAUAAUGAGUAUUUUUUGCUAGGUAAUUUACAAAAUAUAGUGUUUCUCAACCUCUGGAUCUAAUUUUCUAUUGCAAAUGUUUUUAAUUGAAACAUCCUGUAAAAAAAGUUAUUUUAGAUCAUUGAAAAUUCUCAAUUAAAUAGCAAUAGAGGGAAAGAUAAUUUUAAAAAUGAAAUAUUCUUGAAUAAUUAAGAAUUAUUCGAAAUGAAAAAUAUUUUGCAUAACAGAGAAAGUUUUAUACAUUAGGUGAUUUAAUACCAUUUAUCAAUAAAAUUCAUGAAUAUUUAAAUAAAUUUCUAUAUAAAAUUCUUAAAAGAUAAAAUAAUUAAAAAGUAAUUUAUCCUUAUAUUUUUUUAUUUUUCUGAGGUUGAGAAUCACCAAAGCAAUGUUCAAAAUUUUUUGGACAUAUAGAAGUUGCUAAAGGCAUUAAAAGUGCUAUUCUUUUUUUAAAAAAAACUAUUAAAUAUAAUCCCAGGCAGAUACCAUAAUUUUAAAUGGCCUGUCUUUAUUUUUUAGUUAUACUUUUAAACAGAUGCAUUUAACUAUCCUUUCUAGCAAUUUUUUUUAUUGCAGAUAAUAAGAACAGCUUCAUUUUUUGAGAAAUAUUAAAGAAUAUUGUAUAAUGAAAUUUUUAGUUAAUUUAGCAAGUAGGAUAAUUUUUAGAAAUUUUCUUUUUUUUCACAUAUUUCUUUCAAAAAAUCAUCUUUGCAAUAAAUUUUUAAGUUCUUUAGAUAAACUUAAACAUAAUAAAAAUGGUUAUAGCAACAUGAAAACAAAUAUUGUUGUAAUUUUUCACAGUUUUAAAUAAUUUUUCUAUUAAUGUGAAUUUAUUAAGUUUGAACAUGCAUUUUUGCUUUUUAAAAAAUCUAUUCAGGUAAAUAACCUUAAGGUACCAUUUUUAUCUGCAGUUAAAGUAUUAUUUUAUGAAAACCUCAAAGGCAGCCAAAUUGCCUUUGAGAUAAGAGAUCUGACACAAUUACUUCUUUGAAGUCUUUAAGCUUUGUAUUGUCUGUACAAUAAUCUCUUUGUUAGUUUUUAUUGCUUUAGGAUUUAAAUAACUAUUACACUGAAAAUAUUUGUCAUUUGUAAAAUUUAGUUACUAUUAAAAGAUUUUUCGUAUUAAUUAUUAAUGUUUCAAUUUAAAUUUUCUUUAAGAAUUAGUCAUUAGAAGAUUUUAUUUCUGUAAUGGCAUUCGACUUAUAAGGUGAAAUCUACUUCAAAAAGAAAUUAAGAGGAAAUUCCGGGAUUUUAUCCCAUGAUAAUCCAACAAAUCAGGUAAAAACUCAUACUUAAGAUUUUGUUAAACAAAGUGUCAUUUAUACAUUUUUAACAAAUUGUUUUUACAAAUGUAUCUUGCAAAAUGUUUAUUAAAAAAAUAAAAGAAAUCAUUCUUAUAUAUUGUGAAGUUAAAAUGUAAAUGUAAAUUCUUCAAAAUUUUACUGAAGUCAAAUAUUUAUAAAUUUUUUAAAUAAAAUUGUA